UAUUCCCGAGGACCGGGGUAAUACGAGAGAUUGUAGGUGUCUGCUGUGCUCGUAACGAAAUCUAAAAUAAUUGCUUGGGGGUAGGCUAUAGCUGCGAGGCUAUUGUUGCUUUCGUGUCGGUUUGAGGACAGGCAUUUGAUUAUGUUUUGAUCUCAAAGGAAGAGGUGUUUUAUUUUAUUUGAUAUCUCUACCAAAUGCUUGUUUUUCCCCCGCAGCUAUAGCUAAGGCAAACGUGUCAACGUAGCGAAAUGAAGCACAGGAAAAUGACAAGAACACGCAAGGAGAGGUCCUCCAACUGUCCACUUUCUCCAAAGAGAGAUUAGUUUAUCAUUUUAUAAUCUCUAUCAAACUUCAACGAUGUCUCUCGUGGCCAGCGAUAUCCCGACGGACGAAGACCUAGAAGAUAUGGUUGAGGAUGGACUUUCUCUUGCUACCUACAUAUCAGACUCUGGAAAGAAAGCCAGGAAAAAGAGUAUGUCUGGUAAACCUCCCCCUUCUCCCAGGUCUCCGUAUCUCUCCAGUAUGGAUGUGAACCAGAGGAGGUCAGCGGUGUCAGCUUGGAGGCCCCUGAGAGGAACUCUGGGGGAGAGGGGGGAGGCCCUAGGGGUGAGAGGUGACACUCUGUUGGAGAGGGGUGAGGCAGCUCGGACCCCCAGAGAGAACUGUCUGGCUUCGCUAAGCAACGGGCACGACUACAGAGAGAAGGAGGACAUGUACGAUGAGAUCAUACACCUCAAGAAGAGUCUUCAGGCCCAGAAGUCCGAGAAGGACAGGAUGAAAGCCAAACUACGGCGUCUGGAGGAGGACAAAACUAAGAAAGACAAGCAAAUAGAACAGCUGUUGGAUCCCACCAAGGGACCGGAGUACACACUGAGUCUGGUGGACAAGAAACACCAGGGGAGCCUGGUUGUUAAUGGACUGAAACAGAGAAUCCUGAAGCUGGAACAGCAGUGUAGAGAGAAGGAGAACACUGUGACCAAACUGCAGAGUGAGCUGCAGACCACUAAUCUGGAGGAGUUGAAGAUCACAGUGGAGACCUACUUUGAGGAGAUUCAGAGACUGAGGAUGAUAUUGGAUGCAACAGAGAAAAGCAGUAGAACAGAGAGUAAAGGUUCUCAGAGGAAGCAGAAGGUUCUAAGCUCUACGGUUCUGCGUCUAUCAGAGAACCUUAAACAGCUACAGCAGGAGAACCAUACACUGAGAGAGGAACUCAACACAGACAGCCCAGCCAGUGGGCUGAAAGCCUACAAAGACUGGAGCAGACAGAGAGUGUUGAGAAGACUGGUGGAACUGGAGAGGAGGUUAGAGGAGGGGAGCAGAGCCCCGGCCAGGAGGAUUGGGGUGGACAGACUGGUCCAGACAGACCACCACCACCCCACACCCACGGAGACAGGGGUUGCUACGACGCCGGGGAUAACCACCAUAACAACGGAAGGGGGUGUUGCAGUGGUAAACACCCAACAGGAAGGGGAGGGUUUUGAACGUCUGAAGGGGUGUGUCAGACAACUGGAGCAGGAGAAGGCGGAGCUACAGGAGACGCUGACCGAUAGAGAACAGGAGCUGAGACGACUGAUGGCUGAAAGAGAGCAGGAAGAGAAAGAGACGGAGAGGAGGAAGAAUGAACGAAGGGGUGAACAUGAGAAUGAAACACGACUCCACCUACUGGAGGUAGAGCAGCUGACCGUGAAGAUACAGUCUCUGGAGGAGGAGAAGAAGAGAUGGACUGAAGAAGAACAGAACCGGGAGAACCGGAAGGAGAACCCAGAAGGGAGGGAGGAGAAGGAAAGAGAGGAGAGGGAAGAACAGAACCAGGAGAAGGAAAGGGCAGCUAGGGUGAUCCAGAGAGAGUGGCUGGAGCACAGAGACAGGGACACAGUGUUGGUCCAGUCAGCAAUAAGAGGACAUCUCCUCAGACAGAGCCAGAUAGCUCACCUCCGAGACACACACACCAGCACUCUCAGCAAGAAUGGCCAAUCACAGCGCGGCAGUGAUGUUACCUCCCGUGUGGAGGAUGGGGAGCUGGUUGCCGUGACGCUGAUCCAGUCUGUGUUCCGAGGUCACCUGACACGCAGCGCACUAAUGACGGAGAGCUCUGAGUCUCCAGCCUCUCCUCCCUGUGGACCCACACCAGCUCCUAGAAGAGUCCCCUCUGCCCCUUCAACACACACUCCCAGCAACACAGCCCUUCCAGGCAGUGAUGUAGAUGAAGAAGUAACGGAGCUGAGUGAGGAAGAUCCCUGGCCUGUCUCUAACACACUGUCCAACAGGAAGAGACUCACACCAGCCCAACUACAGCUCCACCCACCUCCAGAUUCCAAGGUUGCUAAGGCGAUGGACUCUGGGGAUUCCGACGAUGACAUCAUCGUGUCUCCGUCUCGUCUCCUGGGAAGGAGAGAAGAAAUCUACUUCUAGUCCAGAGCAUUGCACUAUGGGAUAUGAAGUGUGUGUGUGUGUGUGUGUGUGUGUGUGUGUGUGUGUGUGUGUGUGUGUGUGUGUGUGUGUGUGUGUGUGUGUGUGUGUGUGUGUGUGUGUGUGUGUGUGUGUGUGUGUGUGUGUGUGUGUGUGUGUGUGUGUGUGUAGUUGGGUAUGCAGGCUUUUACUCCAGCCCUACACCAGAUUCAAUCAAGGUCCAGAGGACAUGCUGAUAAGUAGAACCAAGUGUGUUUUGGUAGUGCAGGGCUGGAACGAAGUCCAGUAGCUCUCCGGGAGGGGAGUGGUUUUUGGUGUCAG